AUCAUUGAACCGGCUGAGUCGAGGCCAAAAAAGUUUGCAAGCCAGGCCAAGCUACGACCCGUAAUUUCUAUUUUGAUCCAUCUGGGUUGUUUUUUAUUAUUUUUAUUUUUUUCCAACCCAUCGUGGUUGGAUGCUUGUAUCAUACCAUACUUCGUACAACUGUACAAGUAUUACUUUUGAUGAACAUAUAAAACGACGUAGUAAUGUAGCGCUCCUCUUUCCAAACUAGCCGUUACAAAUCCGGCAAAGUGGGAAUACACAAACUCAUAACCUCCCCCCUCCCCUCCCUCUCCAAAUCCGACCGUUGUAAAAUUUUACCGUUAAACCCCAUCCAACCCAAAUACCCUCUUUUCCCUCAAAAUUCCUCAUUUCUUCUCUUACACACACAAACCACCGCAUCACCCUCUCUCUUCCCCCUCCCCAACAAAGCGACGAAAAUGGAAGAUUCAACUUCAAUUAUGAUCGACGAAACUUACGAAUUCUCUGCUCCAAGGUUUUAUGACUUCAUCAAUGGCGAAUCAGAGGAGGAUACUCGAAACGCUGAACUUUGGUUUCAGUCUGCUCUUAGUCAUGCUCCUUCACCUUUCAUGCUGAGAAUUAAGGCUUCUAGAUCAGUUCAACUUAGCAGCCUGUGCGAUUUUGGUGAUGCCCAAACGACAGCGCAGGCCUCUGAAUCACUUAAGCCUACAACUGCAUCAUCAGUUUUGUCAGAAGAGUUGUCAUCAAAGCUAGAUCAAAUUUCAUCUGGCCAACAUAUAGGGAUGCCUGGUGAAAGGGACGAAAACUCGGACCCGAGCUUGAUCAGUAGCCAACAAAUAAGUAUACCUGCUGAAGUAUCUUGUGAGAAAAAUUGCAAAGAAUAUAGGAGUACUGUGAAAGCAGUUGCUCCAGAUGUGAAAAUUGAAUCAGAAAUUAAGGUGGAAUCUGCAACCUGCCCUUCUCAAGAUGUAUGCACCCCAAAACCGCCUGCCUUUACUAGUAAAGGAGGCCGAACAACGACCGAGCAAAAGAAGAAGCAGACGGCCAUGAAGAUUGCAAGUGCACUAAAGAAUCCAUCAGAAUUGAAAUCGAAAAUUCAGUCACACACAAGAAGUGCUAAACCUGCCGGUUUUAGGAGAGAUAGAAGCAACUUAAACAGCUCUGUUGGAACUCCUAAUUUUGUCCAGGAAAACCAAGCCAUCAAGAGGCAGAAACUGGAUGAUGGAAAAACUAGGCAGAUCCUAAACAUUAAGCCUCCUAAUCUGCUCCACAAAACAAGACCAGGUGCCACCACUAGUUCUUCCAAUUUGUGCUCUAAAACAGCUAAACCCUCCAAAGAAGACAGAAAAAUGUAUGUUAGGGAUCCUCCACUGCCGCCGGUGCCAUUCGUUUCUACUGCAGAACUGAUGAAGAAGUUUCAGUCAAGCACUAGAGAUUCUUCACUGCCUCAAAAUGGGAAGCCUAAACUGCAAUUGACAAGGCCUAAAGAACCUGAUUUUGUAUCUGCACAAAGGGUUCGUUUAAUAAAGGUGAAGAGCUCUGCAGAGCUUGAGGAAGAAAUGAUGACUAAGAUGCCAAAAUUCAAAGCUCGGCCGCUGAACAAAAAGAUUCUUGAGGCCCCAACUUUACCUCCACUACCCAAGAGCCUUCCUCGAAAACCAGAAUUUCAGGAAUUCCACUUGGAGACUUUGGAAAGGGCCAACAAGAAUGCAGAAGUAUCCUCCGUGGUCUCGACUGAAUCUGGUCAUCAGAAAAAUCAGUGGAAAUCUAAUCAUCUAACUGAACCAAAAACACCAGUGCUGCAAACAUCCUUGCGAGCACGCCCAACAAAGAUAAAAAGUACACUUGAGAUUGAGCAAGAAGAGCUAGAGAAAAUCCCAAAAUUCAAGGCUCGGCCUUUGAGUAAAAAGAUAUUUGAAAGUAAGGGGGAAUUGGGGUUGUUCUGCAACAGCAAAAAGCAAGUUACAAAACCCCAAGAAUUUCAUUUUGCAAUUGAUGAGAGAAUUCCGCCACCUUCUUCUAGUGUUGUCGAUCUAUUUGACAAGCUGUCUUUAUGUUCAGAGUCGUCAAACCAUGAGAAACAUCUUCCAAGAAAUACAAAGCCUAAUCCAUUCCAUCUUUACACUGAGGAAAGGGGGGCUGAGAAAGAACGAAGGUUGAUUACCGAACUUGUGCAAAAACAGAUAGAGGAGGAAAAAGCCAGAGUUCCGAAGGCUACCCCGUAUCCUUACACCACUGAUUUCCCUGUGGUUCCUCCUAAACCCGGUCCUAAAGAAUGUACUCAACCUGAACCUUUCCAACUCGAGAGCCUAAUUAGGCACGAGAAGGAAAUGGGGAGAGAAAUGGAGGAAAGGCUUAGAAAGGAAAGAGAAGAGGCUCAAAUGAGGAUCUUCAAGGCUCAACCAGUCCUGAGCGAGGAUCCUAUUCCUCUUCCAGAGAAAGAACGUAUGCCUCUCACUGAGGUUCAGGAGUUUAACCACCAUGUACAACAUCGAGCUGUUGAUAGAGCAGAAUUUGAUAAGAAAAUCAAGGAGAAAGAAAUGAUGUAUAAAAGAUACAGAGAAGAGGCCGAAGCUGAAAAACAGAUGGAGGAGGAGAAGGCCCUGAAGCACCUAAGGAGGACCUUGGUGCCCCAUGCCAGACCUUUGCCCAAGUUUGCUAACCCAUUCGUACCACAAAAAUCUUUUAAGGAUCCAACGAAACCAAAAUCCCCGAAACUGCGUGUUCUCAGACGGAGGGAAAGAAAGGAAUCAGCAGGCACCGAUAUAAAGGCUGCUCAAUUUGCUGCUGCAGCACUAAUGAGGUGAUCAGGUGUGGAUGCUGUCCUGUUCAAGAACUCUUUGAACCCAUCAAGGGGAUUUGUGUACAACAAGACUUACAUUCAUUAUACAUAUUGUAAUCAAGUUGUAAAGGUUUUGUGGAGAAAUGAUGAAAGCAGUAAUUUUUUAAAUGUGAAAAUAGCAUCCAACUUUCUUACUUUGGGUAAUAUGUGUGACCCUUUCAUGGAUCUGACAUCCAACUUCCUUACCCCGAUGCCUGAACUAA